UUUAAUCCUUAAAAAAAUAAAAUUUCCGAAUCAAUUUUUAAUGCUACUUCAAACUUUUGGGCAAUCCAAAGAUACGAAGUACAAAAGUGUACAUUCGCAACUCGGCGAAUCUCGUGGCCUUUCUAGAACGCCAAGUAUCAAAAGAAAUGCGUCUUUACAAGUCUACCACGAAUUUGAGAUCAACUUGCAACUAAAUUCCGCUCUGAGAUUAUUGAAGCAUCUACAAAAUACGUUUCGAGGAGCAACUAUUUUGUCUGAAUGA